UAGGGAAGUGAGGUCACGCAGUAUGGUGGCUGGGGGCCGGCGGGGCUGAGGCGCCGGUCGUGUCGGGAAUCCGUGUCCAUCUUGCUCGGGAGCUGCGGCGACGGUCUUGACUGUCUCGCUCCUAUCGAGCGGCGAGACCAAAGCCGCGAUGGCAUCCGAAACCGCAGGACUGUGAGGCAUCAGAACGAGAGUCAGCAGGCCGGGCAGAGCAACAGAACCGGGUCGCGGACGAGCCGAGCUGCCGUCAUGGAGCUGAGGGUUGGGAACCGGUACCGGUUAGGCCGGAAGAUCGGGAGCGGCUCCUUCGGGGAUAUCUACCUGGGAACUGAUAUUGCUGCUGGAGAAGAGGUUGCAAUAAAGUUGGAAUGUGUGAAAACCAAACAUCCUCAGCUCCACAUCGAGAGUAAAAUCUACAAAAUGAUGCAGGGUGGAGUGGGUAUUCCCACAAUUAAGUGGUGUGGAGCUGAAGGGGACUACAACGUUAUGGUGAUGGAGUUGUUGGGACCGAGUCUUGAAGAUCUCUUCAAUUUUUGUUCAAGGAAAUUUAGUCUCAAGACAGUCCUAUUACUUGCUGACCAAAUGAUUAGUCGAAUUGAAUAUAUUCACUCUAAGAACUUCAUCCACCGAGAUGUGAAGCCAGAUAACUUCUUAAUGGGCCUGGGGAAGAAAGGCAAUCUUGUCUACAUAAUAGACUUUGGACUAGCAAAGAAGUAUCGAGAUGCUCGAACUCACCAACAUAUUCCAUAUCGUGAAAAUAAAAACUUAACGGGAACUGCCCGUUACGCAUCCAUCAACACUCAUCUUGGAAUUGAGCAAUCUCGCAGAGAUGACUUGGAGUCCUUGGGCUAUGUACUGAUGUAUUUUAACCUGGGCUCCCUCCCCUGGCAGGGACUGAAAGCAGCAACAAAGAGGCAGAAAUACGAACGUAUCAGUGAAAAGAAAAUGUCUACACCCAUUGAGGUUUUGUGUAAAGGAUAUCCUUCUGAAUUUGCCACAUACUUGAAUUUCUGCCGUUCUUUGCGUUUUGAUGACAAGCCGGACUAUUCCUAUCUAAGGCAAUUAUUCAGAAACCUUUUUCAUCGGCAAGGAUUCUCCUAUGACUAUGUAUUUGACUGGAACAUGCUGAAAUUUGGUGCAAGCAGAGCAGCUGAAGAUGCUGAACGUGAAAGGCGGGAACGAGAGGAAAGAUUAAGACACACACGAAAUCCAGCUGUACGUGGAUUACCCUCCACUGCUUCUGGCAGGCUAAGAGGAACACAAGAUGUAGCUCCUCCUACUCCCCUUACCCCAACUUCACAUGCUGCCAACACCUCUCCUCGGCCAGUAUCCGGUAUGGAAAGAGAAAGGAAAGUGAGUAUGAGAUUGCAUCGUGGUGCCCCAGUCAAUAUCUCCUCAUCUGAUUUAACAGGCCGACAAGAUACCUCUCGCAUGUCAACUUCGCAGGUGAUGUUCAUUCAUGGAAAUGCUUGACAUUAAGCCUGAAUGAUACAGGUGUAAAGAAAUUUUUAUUAUUACCUUGACAGCAAUGAGAGGAUACAAAAUUCUAGAGGUGCAGCAUUUUAACCUACUAUUAGGGGAUUUAGCUCCUUGACUCAUUGAGUUUCUUAUAUCUGUUAUCAGUGAAGAAGCAGUGUAAGAGUCAGUAGUGAAUCUUGUUUCCAAAUCAACAGAGCAGACAAUACAGAAAAGGCAAGAAGCAUUUGGUGAAGGUGCAAUAGUGAAGAAAGUUGUAGUGCAGUGUUCUUAAUUCAGAGCCCAUAAGAGGCCACAUGCAUGGAUGAUGGAUAUGUUGCAGAAGGCUCAUUUCAAGAGAGUGGCAGGAGGAUAAAUGAUAAUUAUUCAUAGUCAGCACUGAAAUCAUCCUUGCUGCUCACAGUGACUUUGCAAAGAAAUUUUAGGAGUCUUUCUUUUUAGGGCUAACAGUGUUAAAUGUAUUUCUAGCUCUGUGCUGUAGCUAAAACAUUCCUUCCUCAACAUAUUGACAGUCUUGUCCCAAACAGUGUGUGGCUUGGCUUUGUACAAUUUACUUUCAGUCUUACUUACGAAAUGGAAAUCAGCCAAUCUAUAGACAUUCUGCAAUAUUUCUUGGAAAGCAGUAUAUUAGGGGGACUAUUGCAGUGACCUAGGGGUUUUUCCAUCAUGCCUCACUACUGUGCAGGACCUCUAACUGCAUAAUUUUUGCCAGGGACUUGUUCCUUGUUGUCCGAACACAUUGACAAAAAAUUAACUUGGUUCCUUUUAGCUUCAUCUUUUAAUUGGCAGCGUUAAUUACUUUUGGAUAGUACAUGUUCUUAUGUAUGAAAUCUUUCUGCUUGAAAGAACAGUUUUUUAGAUGGGGGCCAAGUGGAUAUGUAUAAUGAAGACUGAGAGUGAAAUGGGUUGCAGAAACAAUUCCAUUGUGAUAAAAGCAAAGUGGGGUUUGGGGCAGAGGGGGGUUUGAGCUGAAUGAGUUGUUUCACCAUGUAGCUGCACAGAUACUUGUGCUUGCACAAGGGAUGAACAGUUCAGGAGCAGAAAUGACUGGGCAAGAAUAGGGUAUAGGUGAGGUUUUCUGUACUGGCUUUGGUACAAGUUUCACCAUCUUAUAUUGUUCACUGAACUGCUGUUCUUGCCACCAGAAAUUCUCACGUUGAAGUAUUGUAAAAUAGUUUAAAAACAAAGAGGGGACAAUUGUGCAUAGUUACGGAUCUUGUAAAUUUGCAGAAAUACCUAUUAGAAGAAUGUAAGGUGCAGCGAGAGUGUUUGCAGCAAUAUCCAGUGAAUGGACGGUGAAGAGUGGGCACAAAUUGAAAUACAGGAAAUUCCAUUUAGACAUACAGAGAAACUUUUUUACUAUGAAGGUGGGCAGGGACUAACAGAUUGCCAGUUGUGGAGUCUCCAUUUUCCAAAUUACUUGGAGCCCAACUGGACAUUGUCCUGAGUGGCCUGCUCUAGUUGACUGUGCUUUGGGCAGUGGGAUUUGGCUACAUGAUUUCCAGGGGUCCUUUUUGACCUUGGAUAUUCUGUGAGGCUGUGAUGCAGACUUCUCCCUGAACAUUUACUUUAAUAUCAAGAUGGUUUCUUGGCAAAGUGUGUAUGCCAGGUCUUUGGCAUUCUGAGCAAAUCUCAGAUGCUUUGUCUCUGUUAAGAGUCAGAUAAAUGAGUUACAGUAGUAACAGACAGAAAUGCAGCAAUGCCACUUGAUUGUUUUAGGUGCAAGUACAUCUUUAAUGUAUUUGCUAUGUUCGUGACGUGUCACUUGUUGUGCAGGUGACACUAUUGUAAACAUUUCAAGAUACAAGUAAUAAAAUUGGGCUUGUGGAUCCAUUUUGGUUCUGCCUGGCCUGUAGAAUGUAAAUACUGUGAGGGCAGUUUUCUGAGUGGUCUUCAAACAUCCAGAUGUGUAAUUUGUGAUAUGGACCAACAGUUCCAUCUGGCUUAAUGGCACGUUCCAUACCUGCUGUUUUUAACACUCUGCUCCAAGUAUAGGAUCGCUUGGUUGACUUCUUUACAGUCUCAAAAGUGGCCUAGUCAGGAUCUUCUCUUAAGUUUGUUAGAACUAAUAAUUCAUUGACUGCUGUAUUCAUUUAGUUCUUAAGAAAGUGAACCAGUGCUGUUAUCUACUCAUGGUGACCAAAUAAGUGUGUAACUGUAGUGUAAUUUGAACAGAUUCCCGUGGGCCUGUUGCAGUUGGAGGGAAAGAGAGAUUUGCUGGGGGAAUGAGUUGGAUUGGAAGGGGUCUUAAAGAUCACCUCAUUCCGACUUCCCUGCCAUGGGCAAAGAACCUUCCAGUAGGCCAGGUUACUCAGAACCUCAUUCAGCCUGGCCUUGAACAUCUCCUAAGAUGGGGAGUCCACGACCUCUGUAGGCAACCUGUUCUAAUGCCUCACUGCCCUUAUAGUAAAGAAUUUCUUCCUAAUGAAUGAAUCUACCAUCCUUCAAGUUAAGGCCAUUCACCCUUGUCCUGUCACUACGUGCACUUUUUACAUGCCAUGUGAACAGCCCCUCUUCAGCCUUCUUAUAAGCUUUGGGUACUGCAGGGCUACUCUUAGUUCUCCCCAAAGUCUUCUCUUCUUCAGGCUGAACAGCCCCAACUCUCUCAGCCUGUUUUCAUAGGAGAGGUGCUCCGGCCCUCUUGUCAACUUAGUGGUUCUCCUCUGGACUCAUUCUAGCAUUGUCAGUAUUGUUCUUGUGUUGGGGGCCCCAGACCUGGACACAGUACUCCAGCUGGGGUCUCACAAGAGCAGAAUAGAGGGCAAGAAUCCCCUCUCUCGAGUUGCUGGUCACUUUUCUUUUGAUGCAGCCCAGGACGCGAUUGGCUUUCUGGGCUGCAGGUACACAUUGGCUGAGUCAUGUUGAGCUUCUAAUCCAUGAACACACCCAGGUCUUUCUCCCCACAGCUAAUUUUGAUCCAUUCUUCACCCAGCCUGUACGUAUGCUUGCGGCUGACCUGACCCACAUGCUGGACUUCGCGCUUGACCUUGUUGAGCUAUGUGCAGCUCCCAGAGACCCACUUAUCAAGUUUGUUAAGGUCUCAUUGGAUGGCAUCCCUUUCCUUACAGCAAACUGACUGCACCACACAGCUUGUUGUUGUCAGCAAAUUUGCUGAGGUACACUUCUUUCCACUGUCCAUGUUGCUGACAAAGAUUUUGAACAGCAUCGGUCCCAAUACUGAGGAACAAACGCCACUCUUCACUGUUUUCCACUUGGACAUCGACUCACUGACCACAGUUCUUUGAGUGCAACCAUCCGGCCAGUUCCUUAUCCACCAAGUGGUCCAUGUGUCAAAUCUGUGUCUUUCCAAUUUAGAGACAGGGAUAUCAUGCAACACAGCAUCCAGUGCUUUGCACAAGUCCGGGUGGAUGACAUGUGGCUCUUCCCUCGUCCGCCGCUGCUUAGACGAACCAUAGAAGGUUGCUGAAUUUGUUUGGCACAAUUUACAUUUAGUGAAGCUAUGUUGUCUAAGACAAAAUCACCUCCUUGUUCUCCACGUGCUUUAGCAUAGUUUCCAAGAGGAUCUGUUACAUGACUUUGCCAGGCACUGAGGUGAGACUGGCCUGUAGUUCCCUGUGUCAUAUUUCCCUUUAUAAAACUGGGGGUUUUGGUUUCCCGUUUCCAGUCAGAGGGAUCUACACUGGACUGCCAUGACAUCUCAAAUAUGAUGGAUAGUGGUGUAGCCAUUUACUCAGCCCGAUUUCUCAGAACCCAUGGAUGGAUGGAUGUCAUCAGGUCCCACAGACUCGUGCACUUUCAGGUUCCUUAAAGAGUCCCAAACCUGGUCAUCUUCCACAGUGGAUGGUUCUUCAUUUUCCCAAUCCCUGCCUUCACCUCUGCAAUUUGGGUGAUGUGGCUGAAACACUUUAUUCAGACUAUAGCUUGUAACACUGCAACUUGAGCUUGCUAGAGAAAAUUCUCUUUUCAUUUUCCCAGUUGUCACUCUCAUCCAGCAGGCAGGAUGAUGCAAGUUGCAGGUGUUGAUAGAUUAUGCUCUUUACAGUUUUCAUAAUACUAAAGUAGCUCUUCUGUAAUCAAAGUUUAUCCUUAGAUGUUAGCCAGGUCAACAGUUAGAGCCAUGAGUUUCCCAUUAUCUUUAUACCUUGUUCUUAGGAAAACCUAAAGUAUCCGAGUUACAUGGUAAAGUCAUUAAAGCAAAUUUUGAUUGGAGAGAUGUAAGAAUAUAGAGUCAUCUGUAUCUCUUCUUAUCAAGAGAAUCAUAAAGAAUAACAAUUGCUUGUCCAUGUCCAUUCCAAGUGUGCCAGUUUCCUUAGUAAGUCUUAAGUAAAUAUACUACCACAGGUCCUUUUUCAGGGAGUGCUUAAGCCAUACUCCUGGUAGAAAGCAACAUUUAGCAUUUACCAUGUAUAUCUACAGACUUGUUAGAGUUCUUAUUUAUAACUUGAUACGUUAGUUUUGUUACUUCAUUUACUUUAUGCUUUGGUUUGGUAAGGCAGCGAUGCAUCUGUAAUCUCCACCUCUAUUCAUCUAGAGGAAAUGCUGCUGCUUGUUAAAUUCCAGACAAUUAAAUGGACAGAGGUUACACAGACAAGGAAAGCUACUUGCCUCUAAGUAGAGUUCUUAAAGAUGACUACUCCAUGUGUUUAUCUUUCUUUUUUCCAAACUGAAUUCUGAUCAAAUCAGACUGAAACUGAAAAACCAAGGCUGUGAAUGCAAAUUGUAGGAACUGGAGUUCUCUUGUGAAAACUAGGCAUUCUCAGAGAAAUUUAAUGCUCGUGGAAAAAUGGUAAUUGGUAAGCAUAGCAAAAUAGGUGUGUCAUUCCUGGCAUCCAAGACGGUGUCCGCAUAGCACCUAAGUCAUUCUCCUUAUAAAAGACAUGCAGUUUCUAACACUAAGUAAUGAGCAUUUAUUGGAGUAACAACUACUCCAAAGUUAUUGGAGUAACUGUGUUAAGAAAUGGCUCAUGAAACUUAAGUGUUUCUAAUGAAAUUAUGUAAAUUCUAUGGCAUAUGUUAUUCAGUACUUUUCUGGAUUAUAUGAAGUGAAUGCAACAGCAAAAAACCUGCAUAUUGUGAGUUCACAGUGAUAAACAUCAGUGGGAACUGAUGUGUAUACCUGCAGUACUCCGAAUUCUGUCUAGGAUGAAGAAGUAGAGGCUGUUUUCCUGAAUGGGGGAACUGUAUCUGUGGUAAUUAAUGACUGAGGAGGCAGAUCUAAUGUUGGAGAGGUUAGUGUGGUUUCCGUAAUGAAAAGGCACAAUUUCCUCCUUGAAUCUAUGUAUGAUGCAGUAAUGAACAGACGUGGAGAUGUUGUUUUGUGUUAUUAGUAAGAUGGAUUGGGAGAACAGAUUGUACAGUGUAAGAGUUUCAAAUCUACUUCCUUCAGUUUGUACAAAAAGCUAAGAAAAUGUUUUGAGUGAGUUGGUGUAGUGUUGGACACAAUGAUUUUAAGAGGAAUUAAUGUUUAAGGAGAAAACAUGUGAAGAACCUAUUGCAUAAAAUUAAAACUACUCACAAGUAAAGAAAGGCAAAAUAGAGGUCUAAGUGAAAGUAGUUACCUACUGAAACAACUUCUAAAAUAAGUAGGUCAUCAUCUCUCCUCGCUGCCUUUGCAUUGAUACUGGAUUCAUUUCUAAGUGGUGUGUUCAAGUUUAAAGCAAGCCUAAAUUACAGCUCUAUGUGGAAAGUGUUAGACAGAAAAUCAUACCAGAUGUUAAAAGAUCCUUCUGCUCUUAAACUCUCUAAGUGAAUUGUUCCCUAAGUCUCCUUUACACAAAGUUUCUAAACAUUAAGAGGUGUAGUAAAUGAGGUAAUGAGUAUUCUAGUAAAAACUACUUUGAAUCAGUUCUGCUGGUCCACAUGCACAGACUGCAUCCUGAAAGCAGUGAUCAUCUCAAGAUCUAGUUAUGGGUGAGUAGUCUUCAUUUCCUUCAACAAAAGGUUCAGUCUGACUGCUCGUGGUUACGCAGUAAGUUGUUUAAUUUUUUUUUUCUUGAAUGUAGAAUGUUCAGCACCCAACAGUCAAAGCUGUGGCAAAUUCCCAUAGAUAAUAGAGGUAUUCUCUGUAGUUUGAAGGAAGGAUUGAAAUGCUGCACAAAGUAAUAUUUGAUUAAGUCUCUUUGAUGGAAGAAGUUUUUAGAAGACUAUAGCCAACAGUGGCAUUGAAUAACUUAAGUGUUGUGCCAUACUUCCAGUGCUUCUUCAUUUUCCAUUUCUGCAUCCACAAAUCUUUCUCCACGUAUCCAUCUUAAUAGGCAUCAUACUCUGCAUUGUUCUUCUGACUCUGUCAGCUUCCUUUGAGGAUUAAUGAUUUGUUUCUUUUACGUGCCUCUUAAUAUGAUAGAAAUGUCUUACAGAAAUCUGAAAUCAGAGCUUCUCAAAAGAUAGAGUUGCUACAGCAAGUUCAGGUUGGAUUUUUGUUAAGACAUCUUUAUAUAUUGGGGCAGUGGAACUGUUAAAAAUUGCUGUCUUUUCCCCUACCUCAGAAUAGCAUUCCUUUCGAACACCAUGGCAAGUAGCUGCUCGUCUCCUUUCGUUGGAAGGCAGCACUGGAUUCCUGCUCGGGUUACUACCAGUGUUCUCCAGUCUGCUGUGCACCGAUGAAAAUUAUUUUGCCAUGGAGGGCAGAUAAUGCAUGGCUGAUCUCCCAUGUUACCAAUGGCUUUACUAGCAAAUAUACCCUAAACUAGAGCGGAAAUUUGAGUUCUCCAUGUGACCUAAAAGGCUCUUGGAGGAACAUGCAGAGACUCCAGCAGCUGCCAUUACAGGACGCUUUUGCCAGAAACCCAAUGACCUUAAGAGAACCCUGUGGUAACAGGGCUGGAAAAGAAAGAUGGUUUACAGAGUUCACCGCCUGUUACUGGAUGGCCAUUUCAGUUUUCCCUCCACAGGCGGCAGACUUUACUCCCUUUUUAUUAUUCUACUGUAACUAUAAAUCUUUUACUUGGUUUAAGAAAGGUUUUGUAUCAUUUUGCUAAAAUUAUUGGCUUACUUCUCUGUAAAGAACUCUUGCUUUUGUCUGAUUUAAAAAUGUAGAGUAUAAACAAACCUGAACUAAAAAUAAUUACUUGAAAUUUCUUGUUUAAAAGAUUAGUCUGCCAGGGAACAUGUAAAUGAAUCAAAACCAUCUGCUGUUAUUUAAAUUGUUUACUUUCAUGUAUUGUCCCAUUCUGAAUCGGUUUUCUCAUGAAAAUUUUAAAACUGUUAGAAGUUUAUUUUACUGUUUGCUGUCUUCAUUCACACUGGACAUUUAACUUUCUGUGUAGCACAAAUGAAUUUUUUACUACUCAUUGUGUUUCAUAGAAGAGGGUAACUAAAUACCUUGCAGGAGAGUCUUAAGUAUAGUAGAGAUUGUAAUGAUUAAUUUCUUUUUUGUAAAGAACAUUAAGAACAAAGUGAAAGACUGACAUUUGAGGGAUUUAGAAUUAGAAAGCUUGUUCUGUCUCUCUGCUUAGUUUGGGUGAAUGGAUACUUUCAGACAUUAUUUUUACUCAGAAAAUUUUGUUUCCUCUUUGCUGAGACUGGUUAGCUUGGAGACUAUUACAAGUGCAAAAUAGACGUUGCUGCUGAAUCUUCAUUGAAUUUACAUGUUUCAUUCAGUAUCCACAUGUUUAUAAAUAACUACAUUGAUUUAGGCCUUCUGUUACAUGCCAAGACUCAAAAAAGGAAUUCUUACACAAAAAAAUCCUAAACAACAUCCCCACAAACAUAGUAACCUAUUCUUGCCAUAAAAUCCUGAGAAUUUUUACAAUUCAGAUGCGUAUCGUAUUUAAUUCUUAAAUAUAUUUAACCUGAGAAUGCCCAGAGUCAUUAUCUAGGCAUGAAUGACUCAACAUGCUCAGGUUGUUGCAGGUGUUGUUGGCUCCUGUUGGUUGUGAAAUAUGGGAAAUUCUUCAUAGUGUCUGUUACUGUAAAUGGUCUCAUAAAAGUACGUGUCCUGUCCUUAUGGUACUUUGAACAGUGCCAGAACUCUUGUGACUGAAAUUAUGGGAGGUUCUGUGCUGGAAAGUAUGUACAAAGAUUUUGUUUGAGCAGUUCGGUAUUUUGAGAAAUUGAGACAAUUUUUAAAGGUGUAUUGGUCUUCAGAUUUUUAUGGAGAGUAGGUUGUUUUUUGUUUUUUUGAGGGGUGUUUACAAAUUCUUUUUUGCCAAGUAUUAUCAUUCUUCUUUGGAUGCUUUCAUAACAUAGCUAUUUGCUUGUGUGUACUCUGGGUCAGACUGGGGAGAUGUGUGUUUGGGGAGAGUAUAGUGGAAAAGCUUGAGAAUUUGAUUGAUUGGUAAGUUUGCAUAAGAUAAUUAUUUCCUCAGUUACUAUAAACUUUGGUAUUUUAGGCAUGUGCAGUACUAUUUGAGCGGUUUUACACUUCACUGUGCUUUCCUUGUAAAUAUCUGUGGUUAAUAGUGUCAUGUUUGAGGGACUUAAAAAAGCAGCCUUUUUAUUUCCUAUGUAUCUGGACCAUUAGAUUGCUGUACUAUACUUAAAAGUUGACUGCAGACUUCUAGAAUUGUACUCACUUGUGGGCAGUUUUUGUCCUCAUAAUAGUUAAAUUCCAUCAUGCACAAAAUAGACUGUCUUUAAAAACCUGUGUAUAAACCAGUAUCUCAAAGCACUUCAUUUGUACUGCCACUGUAUUUGUGUACUUUAACAGUUGUGUAAAUACAUUCAUAAUAACUUC